AUGGGGGCCGCUCGUGAAAAGAAAAUCGAAUACUUCGCUAAGUUGAGAACUUUGUUGGAAGAAUACAAGUCCAUCUUCAUCGUUGGUGUUGACAAUGUCUCCUCCCAGCAGAUGCACGAAAUCAGAAAGGCCUUGAGAGGUGAAGGUGUCGUGUUGAUGGGUAAGAACACUAUGGUCAGACGUGCCUUGAGAGGUCUCUUGACCGACUUGCCAGAAUACGAAAAGUUGAUGCCAUUCGUUAAGGGUAACAUUGGUUUCAUCUUCACCAACUCUGACUUGUCUUCCAUCAGAGACGUUGUUGUUGCCAACAAGGUUGCCGCUCCAGCCAGAGCUGGUGCCGUUGCCCCAGCUGACGUCUGGGUCCCAGCCGGUAACACCGGUAUGGAACCGGGUAAGACCUCUUUCUUCCAGGCUUUGGGUGUCCCAACCAAGAUUGCCAGAGGUACCAUUGAAAUCACCAACGAUGUUAAGGUUGUCGAGGCCAACAGCAAGGUCGGUCCAUCCGAAGCCUCCUUGUUGAACAUGUUAAACAUUUCUCCGUUCACCUACGGUUUGACCAUUGUCCAGGUUUACGACAACGGUCAGACCUUCCCAUCCUCUAUCUUGGAUAUCACUGACGAUGAAUUGGUUUCCCACUUUGUCUCUGCCAUCAACACUGUUGCUUCCAUCUCCUUGGCUGUCGGCUACCCAACCUUGCCAUCUGUUGGUCACUCUGUUGUCAACUCUUACAAGAACGUCUUGGGCUUGGCCGUUGCCUUGAACUUCAAGUACGACUUGGUUGAGGAAUUGAUUGAGUUGUUGAACAACCCAGAGUUGUUGGCUGCCAAGCAGGCUGCCGCUGCCACCACCUCUUCUGCCCCAGCUGCCGCCGCCGCUGCCGAAGAAGAAGCUGCUGAGGAAGCUGAGGAAUCCGAUGACGACAUGGGGUUCGGUUUGUUCGAUUAAGCGAUUUAACCUAGUUUGUCAAUUUCAUUAUUGAUUUUUUAGUUUAAUUUCAAAGUCUUGCGAAUAC